AUGGCGGUAAUUCAGGACGAUAAUGCACUCAUCGCUUUUUUGCUGUGCCGUUCAAGCUACUCCAAGAGCAUGUGCAGUUUGUUCGAGCUGCACUUCUUCAUCGUGUUCGGGUGCAUCUUCUGCCAGCUGAUUAGCAUUGUGGUGGUGAUAGUUUCGGUUCCCGACUGGUACCCAGGAUACUUUCUCUUCAUCAUGCUCACAGCACAACUGUUCUUCAGCUGUGCUUUGGGACAAGUUUUUAACAUUAAAGUUUGUGGUGUUUCAAAUUUCCUGUGCACAGUGCAAUAAAUAUGGCUUACUUUUACCUUUC